GUACUAAUCUGCUGCUGCAUCUUUGCCCAACAAUUGUUCAGUUGUGCUACGAUGAUGCAGUGGAGGGGCUCGAGAGUUUUUGGUUGUCUGAUUGUCUCCCUGCAGUGCCAGUGAUGACGACAAAAUCGAGCAGGAAUUUACAGGAGGACAGACGCAGAUCGAAGCUGCCACUCUUUUCAGCUGGCGCAAAUCACAGGGCUAAUCUCCCCGCGCUUCGUUAAUUGGUCGGUUGGCUUCUUCUUCGCCGCCGGCGAGAUGGGACAUGUUUUUGCUGACCGGCCGCCCGGUGCUGACCGGAGAUGUUUUCGUCUUGGUCUGGUGCCGGCCGGGAAUCCGACGAUUCGGUAGAGGCGAAGUGGAAUCCGUCGUGAGGGCUGUUGCUCUUCCGGCUUGGGUGCAAGGAGGAGGUGGCCGGCUGCCGGUGGCGCAAGCGCCGGAGGACGAGCCGACGGGGGCCAGACCGAGAACCAGGCCAGGGGGAAUUUUAUAAAUUUCCUAUCCGAAUCAGGGGGGUAUGGGCAUAUAUUCGGAUUGCGAUUAAUAGUCGCCAUCCAAAUAAAGGGGUAUUUGCAUAUAUUCGGAUCGCGGGGCGCUCCGGGCCGGCGACAGAGUACCCGGCGAGGCCGUGCGCUCGCCGGCGGCCGCCUCCGCUAGCCCCGUCGCAAAGCAUCCGCGCUCAUCUCCGUCACACCCACACGCAUAGCCGCUGCCUUGGCUGAGCAAUGCAAGGUAAGAUUCAUUCUUUUGCCAUUCAGAGGGAGACAGAGAAAGGAAUCGGGAGACAGAGGGAUGGCGGAGGACGAACAGGCAUCGCCGUAGGGGGUAGCAGCAAAGACCAACGGAGUGAAGAAUCAACUCGGAGUGGAGAAUGCAGCCCGGGCCGGCGGACGGCGGCGGCGCCGACGCUCCGUUUUGCGCGCGGUGGAAGAUAGGGGCGGGAUGAGCGAGAUAACUCGAUUCAGGCAGGGUGGACUGUCCGAGGCGGAGGAGCUCAAUCCGAUGAUGUGAGAGGAGCUCGAUUUGCUGAUCUCCCCGGCAAGGUUCGAUUUGAUGUCUCGCCGUUGCCGGCGUCAAUCUUCACCUCCAGGAUACAUGGGAAUUUUGGAGGCAAUAGCAUGGAAAUCUAAAAAUCCCUCUGUACUAUUUUCUCGAAAAAAUGCCUCUGUGCUAUUGGAGUAGAGGUACUUGUUUAUACUGUCAGAUACAAAUGGCUGCUUCACUUCAGUUAGUCUUACUUGUCAAGUAUUUAUGUUAAAAAUAACAUAUUUUCAUGCUAGAACAGGUAGAAGGAGAAGGCUAUGUAAAAGCCUACUAGGCUACUAGCACAAUGUUUUCAUGUACAAGUAUGAUGUACAGUAACAAGUAACAACCAACAAUACCCUCACCCUUUUUGGCUGUGUAAUGAGUCUUCUUAGACCCUUCUCUUCUUGUUUAUAUAAUUCUAUGUAGCUCUCCUUUGUGUUCAAGAAAAAUAAAACAACCUACAAUAUCACCAUCUUAGGGAAACAACAUGAAUCGCAAUAUGGUUGCUUAUCAUGUACAGAAGAUGUAAAUAAACCAACUUGAAUCUUCCUCUUAUGACCCUGCUUAUUUCCUGGUAACAUUACAAUCAAACUCAACAAUCUGUGAGCUAUAUAUGUACUUCUGAUAUGGAGGCAGUGAGAUUCCCAAACUAGGAUGUCAAAUGUGCCAUGGGGUCUGACACUUCCAGUCCCAGUAAGAAUACCAUGCCAAAGUAAUUUUGUGUGCUUCUUCGUUCACAUGUGCUUUCCUGUCUUGGCUGUGAAUUACACAGCAUUGGGUAGAAUCAACUGCUCUCUGAAGGAAUAUAUAAUCAUUGUCUAUUCUAAAAUCACUUGGACUUUUACUAAAUGCAGGUUCAUUUUGCCUUUGCCUUAUGUUAUCCCUUAAGCAUCCAAUAAUCCUGUUUUCUGCACAUUAAAACUAUAUUUUAGGCUCCUAGCUAUUUGUUUUAAAAAUGAAAGGUCCAGUGAAUGCAUUUUAUACGCCUUGGUCAAAGUCGAAGUACUCAUCAAAUAUUGCCUUUGCUACGGAUGCCAGCUUUUGUUGUUCUUCAGGAUCUGUGCUUCCAAAUACAAGCUUUUGUUGCUCUUCAGGAUCUAUGCUUCCAAAUACAAGCACCCUAAAGAAGUACCAAUAUGCCUCUCAUAGUUGGUUCUCGGUGGAAAGUUGAACAAGUCCAACUUCAUUCAUAGUCGUCAAUGACGGGCUGUGGAAAUGGCACAGAGGUCGGUUGCUGCUGGUGAUCUCCGAUAGCACCGUUGAGAAGGAAUGGCCUGUUUAGAAUGCUAGAAGGAAAAGAUGUAGUAGCAGGAAACAUGCAUGCCAUGUUUCAACUUUCGAGUACUUAUUGAGAAGAAAGGACUGCACUCCUUACAGGAAGGGACUGCAAUGGAGAAAGGAUGACCAACAUGUGCAUUUCAUUAUGUGAAAAGCUCCUGGGUGAACUAGCCUCUAGAUCCAUAAAUUUCUUCAUCAGCAAAAGCUCCAAGCCAAGGGUGCUGGAUGUGGAGGACAGCCUGCAAAGGGCUCUCCUCCAGGCGCAGGUUAUCAUCGAUGAGGUUACAGGACGCCACAUCACGAACCAAGCUAUGCUCCAGCAGCUGGACAUGCUGAGAGAUGCCAUGUACCAAGGCUGUUACAAACUUGACACCUUCAGAUACCAAUCCCACGAUGAGAAGUAUGCCGAAGAUCAGGUUGUGAGUCAUUCUUCUUCUCUGUUGAAACUAAAUUCCCUAAAAGGAAUCUUUUCGUGCAAAACAAAGACACAGAUUUUGGAACAGCUGGAAGAUGCCCUUGACAAUUUGAGCUCUAUGAUCCUUGAUGUGAAAGAGCUGGUUGUGUUCUUGACGGGCUACCCUCGCCUCUACCACCAGCCAUAUAACAUGCAUCUACUGCUGAGCAACUGCAUGUUUGGCCGCCAGAUGGAAGCAGAGCUUGUCCUCAACUUCCUAUUACACACACAACCUAACGGUGUUGAAGAAUUGGAGGUCCUGCCAGUUGUCGGUCCUGGCAAAGUUGGCAAGAGCACCCUUGUGGCACACGUUUGCAGUGAUGAAAGAGUCCGUGAUCAUUUUUCAGAAAUUGUGUUCGUGAGUGACCAUGAUUCCAAAGAUGAAGAGUUAACCCAUCUUUGGGAAAGAUGUGUGAAGAAAUGUCAAAAUUCCAGGCCAAGCAAAUAUAGGAGAACGCUAGUUGUUGCUGAGGUGGCUGGAGACAUCAAUGAAAGCGAGUGGAAGAGGCUGUAUGCUGCUUCCAGACGGUGUAUGACAAUUGGCAGUAAAAUCAUAAUCACAAGCCGGUCUGACAAGAUCGCAAAGCUUGGAACGACGAGGGCAGUGACACUGAAAUAUCUAUCAGAGGAAGCAUACUGGUACUUCUUCAAAACACAUGCGUUUGGAAGCACAGAUCCCACGAUGCACCCAAGGAUGGCAUACGUAGCCAUGGAGAUAGCCAGGAUGUCGAAUCGAUCUCUCCUUAGUGCAACAAUCACUGCCUGUUUGCUGAGGGACAACUUUGACAUCCACUUUUGGUGCAAGCUUUUGGCUUUUUUGAGACGUUUCAUCAAGUGGCAUGCCUCCAGUUUUGGUGAGCAUCCAGGUGAUGCUCUGAACCAAAAUAAACCUGCACAUCUUUGGAGUAUGGUUAGAACUUCUAAAGAGAUAGUGGUUCAUCAUCAGUAUGAUUGCUCUUCACAAGAGGAGGUCCCAAAGAUAUCAUUGGCGAGUGUGAUGUAUGGAGGCGUUAAGCCUCCUUCUGGGAAGUUUGAAGCCAUAGUAUAGAGGUCCCCAAUACCGCCCUGCUACAACUAUAUCUAUACUUGUGAGGUUCGGGAUCUGAAAACUGGAGCUGUUAAGAGGAAGCGUUCUUAAUUCUGUCAUUUGCAUGUAGGUGAAUAUCUGUUGCAUGGUUUGAUUGGGCCUCACUACUCAUCACAAGUUAUAAUUAUAUAGUAAACAAUAAUGGUCUUGCCAUCUGUUUGCAAGUUA